AACUUCUUUCCCGAUGAAAAAUUUCCAGGAAACUUUGAGAUCGAUACAUUUCCACGUCCACGCUCGUGCCGGUACUGUUGUCAGUUGUCACCAUUUUCCGCCGUCUCCUCCGCGAAAUAUCCCGGCGAGAUCCUUUUCACGAUGGUUCUACUGUAAAUUCCCUCUCCUCCUUAUCGUUUCCCAAUUCUGGUCAGUCUUCUUCAUCGGUCAUCCUUUUAGGGUUUUCCCGCUUUUGCUGCCCGCCAUUUAUAGUCUCUUCUGCUCUCUCCAACAUGGAGCUCCAAUCGCUCUUCGGAAUCGAUUCCCUCCUCCAAUCUCUCCUCGAAAAUGGCCUCCACAAGCAGCAGCCAAACACCUCCUCCUCCAUUUGCACACGACGUUUUUCUGAGCUUUCGCGGCGCCGACACUCGUCACGGCUUCACAGCCCACCUCUACGGAGCCCUAGUUCGGAGAGGAAUCAACGCGUACAGAGACGACAACGAGCUGGCCAGAGGGGAGACCAUCGAGCCGUCGCUCCUCCGCGCAAUUGAAUGUUCGAGAUUCUCCAUCGUCGUGUUCUCCAGAGGCUACGCGGAAUCUCCCUGGUGCCUGGACGAAUUGGUGAAGAUUGUCGAUUGCAGGCGGCGGCUGGGGCAGGUUGUUCUGCCUGUGUUUUACGAUGUGGAUCCCAUGGUUGUGGCUGAAUUGAAUGGAGAGUACGGUGAAGCACUGAAUCGGCACUGUCGUGGAGAUAGUGCGGGGAAGGUGGAGCAAUGGAAAGAGGCUCUUGAAGAAGUGGGCAAUGUUUCCGGUUGGGAUGUUCAGAACAACAGGGAUCAAUCUGAGAUGGUUAGAGAAAUCGUUGACACGAUAUGGCUUGAGUUGAGCCGGACAUUGGAAGUUAGCAUGGACAACUUGGUUGGAAUGGGUUCGCGUGCAAACAAGCUCAAGGAGCUAUUGGGUGAAGACACAGGCGAUGAUGUUCGAUUUGUAGGGAUCUCUGGUAUGGGUGGCAUUGGCAAAACAACAUUAGCCAGAGUUGUCUAUGAUGAGAUUGGUAUGGAAUUUCGAAACAGUAGGUGUUUUCUUGAAAAUGUCAAGGAUUAUUUUGAGAAGCAUGGAGCAGUUCAUGUCCAAGAGCAUCUUCUUUCAGCAGUGUUGAUGGAAAAGAACCUCAAAGUUUGGGAUGCCCACACUGGGAAGGUGAUGAUAAAGAAGAGCUUGCAGCACAGAAAGGUUCUUCUAGUUCUGGAUGAUGUGGACUCCGCUGAGCAGCUAGAGAUGUUGGCUGCGAACCAAAAUUGGUUCGGUCCAGGGAGCCGAAUCAUCAUAACGAGUAGAGAUCAAAGAUUGUUGUACAAGCAUGGAGCUUGUGGUGUGUUUAAGCUUGAGGGUUUGAAUUACAUAGAGGCUCUUACCUUAUUUAGUUUGAAGACCUUUAAGAAUUAUGAGCCAAGUGAGGGUUUUGAGGAGUUUUCUAUGCGAGUCGUGGAGUAUGCGCAAGGCCUACCUCUCGCGAUUGAAGUCUUGGGCUGUUUUCUCGGUGGAAGAAGCAGAAGAGAGUGGGAAAGUGCUAUUACUAGUUUGAAAGACUACUGUGAUGACAUCCUAGAUGUGCUCAAGAUAAGUUUUGAUGGAUUAAACAAGCCUGAGAAAGACAUGUUUUUGGAUAUUGCUUGUUUCUUUAACUUGAAGAGCAUAAGCGAAGUGAAGAAGGUACUCAACAGCUGUGGCUUCUGUGCCGACAUUGGAGUAAAGCAUCUUGUGGAGAAGUCUCUCCUGAGUUUUUCCCCCAUGGGCAAAUUGGUGAUGCAUGAUCUGUUGCGAGAUAUGGGCAGAAAAAUUGUUCAUCUAGAAUCUCCCGGGAAUCCUGGAAGGCGCAGUCGAUUGUGGGAUCCUGAAGAUAUCCUUUCUGUUUUGACGACACCAACUGGAAGGGAAGAGGUUGAAGCCAUUGUAUUAGAUUUACCAGAGAAGGAAGAGGUGCAACUAAAUAGGGAAGCAUUCUCAAACAUGUACAGACUGAGACUGCUCAUCAUACGUAAUGCAAAAUUUGAAGGACCAAUCGAUCUUCCCAGUGAAUUACGACUCCUUGUGUGGGAUUGCUACCCUUCGGAGUCAUUGCCGGCUUCUUUUAGACGCAGUAAACUCGUGGAACUUAACAUGUGCUACAGCAACAUGAGUCGACUCUGGCAUGGAAAGGCCAAGAUGAGCAACUUGAAAGCCAUGGAUUUAAGUCACUCCCACAACCUCAUCGCAACUCCAGAUUUCACCGGGGCUCCAAAUAUCGCAACAUUGAUUUUCAAAGACUGCACCAGCCUUGGUGUUAUUCACCCAUCAAUCGGUUCUCUUCAAAAGCUAACUUGCCUUAGUUUUAGAGGCUGCACAAAACUCCGCAACCUCCCAUCUAUGCCUGGAAAACUAAAAGAGCUCUACUUGGAUAGUACAGCUCUCAGCAAUGAAGAACUCCAACAGAUAAUCUGUUGGGCCGUGGCUUUAUCCGUACUGAGUCUCAGUAGCUGCAACAGCCUCAAGACAGUUCCAGUUAGCAUUGGCAGCUUAAAGCAGUUGAAGGUGCUCAACCUCCAUGGCUGCUCUCAGCUUGACAAUGUGCCAAGGGAGCUGGGAGGCCUAGAGAGUCUCGAGGAGCUUGAUUUGAGUGGGACAAAAAUCACACAGCCGCCACUCUCCAUAUUCUAUCUGAAACAUCUCAAAACAUUGUCCUUCCAGUACAACAUGCCAACAAAGUUGCCUACCUUGUCUGGUCUCCAUUCAAUGAUAACAACUCUGAACCUAGGAGACUGUGGGCUGAAGGAAGGAGAUUUUCCUACCAGUGUAGGGUGCUUGUUGCCAUCGUUGGAGUUGUUGGAUUUAAGCAGCAACAACUUUGUUACCUUGCCAAUCAUCGGGCAACUGUCAAGGCUUUAUUCACUUCGGUUGGAUAAUUGCAUGAUGCUAACGAGCUUGCCCAAGCUCCCGUCGAGGAUUGAGUUUCUGUACGUCAACGGCUGUGUUUCUUUGGGGCAAAUGCCGGACAUGAAAUUCAGCGGAGGACAUUUCUAUUUCGAAGGUCUUGAUUGCUCGAAGCUGUAUGAUGGGAAUGGCGUUUCUGAAGACAGCUCUUGGCCUACCCUGCUUAGAAGACCACUCCUUCGGGGACAGGAGCAUCCUGCUACAUUGGAACGCUUGGUCUUCAAAGUCCAGGGCAGCAGAAUUCCGAAGUGGUUCACCCAUCAGAGAGAUGGCUCAUCAAUUUGGGUAUCACUUCCCAAGUCUCCCUACUACGAUGACAUGAUGGGCCUUGCACUAUGCUGCACUGUCAACGAUCUCACAGAUGGGUCUCAUUUCAGCAAGCAGCAGCUUGGUUCACCAAGCAAGAGACAACGACAACAACACAUUUGCUUCUUCUUCGUCUCAGGAGACAGCAUCAGGUUUCUGUUGAAGGGGCUUUCGGAUGGGUCAGCUUGUGUCGGGUUGUCAUUUGAGGAGCUGCCAUUUUAUCAGCUUAUUAAGCCAGGUGCAGCAGUGGAGGUCAUAAGGUGUGGGUACCGCAUAGUUUCGCGUCGAGACAUUGAGGACCUCGCAGCUGGUACUAGUACUGAUGUUGCGUCUGCAUUUGCAACAAUUCGUCGCGAUGAUGAUCAUAGUCCUCGCCCUAAGAAACUCAUCUUCGAAGGAUCCCGGAGUCUGGUCUUGUUUUGUGCUAAUGACUUCGUUUGCGUGCGUGUCCUGAAGGUAUAUCAGGUGGAUUAAGUGGUCAGUUAGGACGAAGGAUCAUGUUCCAGAUUUGUUGUUCAAGGUGGAAACCCGAAUUCGCUGUUUACAGGGGACCAAGUUCAAUAUGUGCUGAUUAUAAGACUAUAUGCAUUGGCAGUAGCACCCAUAGAAAGGGAGAAAGAAGAGCAAAAGAACUUUUUCAGUGUUUGUGGUCAAUAUGGACAUUCCUGGAGCUGAUUCAGAUUUAAAAGGAAACCACCAACUCACUCACCAGGAUCAUUGAGGAAGCUCUUGAGAGCUAGCAAUGCCAGGACUUUAUCCUCAUUAUCCUUUGCCGACUUGAAAAUCGUCACGAACUGGUCGAGCAAGCAGACUCUGGCAGCACCUCGAAUCCCAGUGUCGGGAAGAACGCCAAGCAUAUGCACCAGCCAUACAGCUGAAACAAAGCAAGCAGAUUGCAAUUCUGAGUUCCUGCUCUUCAUCCCUUCCGCCAGCACCUCGAAGAUUGCUCCAAACUCGUGGCUCACUAAUGCAGAUGCCAUCUUCAUGUCCCAUACUUCAGCUGCCCUCUCUUCUAUCUGAUAGAAAAAUUUGCAGCAAUAAGUUGUCAUCAUUUGUCGGUUUGUUCCAGU